AUGGCCCCAAGAAUUGCAAUUGUCUUUUAUUCCAUGUACGGACAUGUCCAGCAACUUGCUGAAGCUGAAAAGCGAGGCAUUGAAGCUGCUGGAGGUGCCGCUACCUUGUACCAAAUUGCCGAGACCCUGCCAGAGGAAGUCCUUACAAAAAUGCAUGCUCCCGCCAAAUCACGGUAUCCUGUUGUUACCCCGGAGGAACUGUUGAGCUACGAUGCCAUUCUAUUCGGAAUCCCAACCCGCUAUGGUAAUUUCCCCGCUCAAUGGAAAGCCUUUUGGGAUAAAACAGGCUCCAUCUGGGCCAAGGGUGGCUACUGGGGUAAAUAUGUCGGAACUUUCGUCUCUACUGGCACUCCCGGUGGUGGUCAGGAGAGUACUGUAAUCUCGGCCAUGAGCACCUUUGUCCACCAUGGAAUGAUUUUUGUUCCACUUGGAUACAAGACUGCUUUCCCUAUACUUUCGAAUCUGACGGAGACCAGAGGUGGAAGCCCUUGGGGCGCCGGGACAUUCGCCGCUGGCGAUGGCUCGCGCCAGCCUUCUGCCCUUGAAAUCGAGCUUGCAGAGACUCAAGGCAAGUCGUUCUAUCAGGCUGUCUCGAAGGUGAACUUUGCAGAUGGGCAGCGUGCCUUACGACAGAUCCUUUCAAACUUGCCUCCGAAUGUUGAUCCUGAUUCUAUCUGCCUGUCAAAUAGACCCAUAGGUACGGGCGGUGAGGAGAGAAAAGUGAAGCUACUACAGGGUGUAUCAAUACAGAGAGUUGGUUUAAACGAACAGCCUUUUGUUGCGAACGGCGGUUCAACCAAGCCUACCACCCAGAGCACGCACACGCAGCCAUCAUCGCCGACGACCAUAAUUAAAAACCCGUGGGAAGUUGUCCAGCAAUCUGAUCUGGAUAACCGCUUAGAUAAGAAAGAUGGCAAGAUACCGAGAGGGCGGGAUGUGAAGAUGUGUCGGCAUGGCCCCAAGGGGAUGUGUGACUAUUGCAUGCCCUUGGAGCCAUAUGCCCCUGAGUAUUUGAUGGAUAAGAAGAUAAAACACCUGUCCUUCCACUCUUACUUGCGAAAGGUCAACUCAUCCAAAAAUAAGCCGGAGCUAAAGAGCUCAUAUAUGCCUCCCCUAACAGAACCAUACUACAGAGUCCGAAAAGACUGCCCUUCUGGGCAUCCGUCUUGGCCCGAAGGGAUAUGCACAAAAUGCCAACCUAGUGCCAUCACAUUACAACCACAGGAAUUUCGGAUGGUUGACCAUGUUGAGUUCUCGUCACCAGACCUUAUUAAUUCGCUACUUGACUUCUGGCGGAAAUCAGGUGCCCAACGAAUUGGGUUUUUAUAUGGCACAUAUGAGGAGUAUUCCGAAGUUCCUCUUGGUGUAAAGGCAGUUGUUCAGGCUAUCUAUGAACCUCCACAGGCCGAUGAAGUAGAUGGUGUCACUCUUCGUGAAUGGGAGAAUGAGAAUGACAUUGAUGGGGUUGCUGGGCUAUGUGGCCUAGAAAAGGUAGGUGUUAUUUUUACUGACCUUUUGGACUCUGGCGCUGGAGAUGGAACAGUCAUAUGUCGAAGACAUAUUGACUCUUACUACCUAUCGUCCCUUGAAGUUACGUUUGCGGCUCAGUUCCAAGCACGGUAUCCUAAACCAAGCAAGUGGAGCGAAACAGGCCGAUUUGGCUCGAAUUUCAUAACCUGUGUCUUGAGCGGAGAUGAGAACGGUGCUAUUUCCAUUAGUGCAUAUCAGGCUUCCAAUUCAGCUGUUGAAAUGGUGAGAGCAGACAUAGUUGAGCCCUCUGCAGACCCUUCUGUGAUGUUGGUGCAAGUGGAGAGUGAGUUGGAGAAUGCAGAUACCAGCAUAUCUCGUUACAUACCCGAAGUAUUCUAUAGGAAGGUCAACGAAUAUGGUGCGAAAGUUCAGGAGAACGCUAAACCAUCUUUUCCUGUUGAAUAUCUCUUCGUCACCUUGACUCACGGCUUUCCGACUGAGCCUUCGUGCAUAUUUACCGAUAGCACCUUUCCCAUUGAAAACCGAGAUUUCAUUGGAGAAUCGCAAGAUAUCCGAGCAGUUGCCAAAAGACUCCUUUCACAAACCGAUCCGGAUGCCGCCAUCCGCGCCGUGUCAAAUUUCCACCUCCUCUGCUUCCUCCGCGGGCUUGGUAUUCUUAGCAAGGAAGAGGAAGCUCUUCUCUGUACCGUCGCCCGAAGUCAUGACCCCGCCGAUAGUGUCCAGUUGAUUAAUACCCCAGGAUGGGCAACCUUGGUAACCAUCCUUCAGGAGAGCGGUGAGCCGCCCCCUAAACGUUCUUGGCCAUUUGAUUCAGAGAAUGCUUCUUUUAACCAUUCUCACCGUCAAACUUUCUCCCCUAAGAUUGUUAAUUCCGAGAAUGAUCAGCUUGCUAAGAGGUUUAAGGGGGCUAGCUUAGAAUAA